CUGAAGCAUGCCUUCUGAUCAGAGUAAAGGACUGACACUUUAGUUGCUAUUUGCAACGGAAAUUAGGUAUCUUCUGCUUCUGCACCAUGAAAUCAGCUAGUGUUGGAGCAAGUAAACACUCAGUGCUUCCUCCCAUCAUCCCAGAGACUGACAAGGAAUUUCUGGAAAGCAUUCAGAGUUAUAUCAUUUCAGAGAUUGAAAACGUGGGGUGUACUGAGCAAGGACCAGCAGAGGAUUAUUACAUAAUAUACAGAAAUGUAUUUGAAAUGAUAAUUGAGCAUGUUAAUGCAUACAAAAGCAUUUUGACCACAAUCAAGCAAGAAUAUGAUGCUUUUAUAGAAGCAAUAAAGAAGGGCCAGCAUGAUGCCUUUUAUCUUCAUGGAAAAUUAAAAAUGUUAGCAUGUGAAUCUUCAACUUUAAUGUAUUAUAAGAAAAGAAUAACUCAGCUGGAAGAAAAAGUGAAAAGAAUUGAGAAGAAUUCUACAAGAAUUGAGAGCUUAAUACAGAAACUAAAAAGUUUAAGGUUAACACUCUUAGCAAAAGAAGAUUCAAUCCCCGUUAAGAAAGUUAAUCCUGCUAAAAAAAUUCCAGGGCUUAACGUGAAAGACUCGCUUGAUAUAGAUGUCCUUUCUAACCACUUAGCUCAUCUACAAAAAAGGUUGAAAGAGUUGAAAGAGGACAUGUUUACAAAAUACAUUCCCAUAGAAAACACAGCCAAUGUUGAAGAAGACAUGAAUUACGCUGUUCAAAAGCGAAAUAUGGCUGAAAAAAAGAAUGAAAACCUGAAGUUUUGUUUUUAUCGGCUAAAUCUGUUUGCAAGUGUGAUUGGUAUCUGGGAGAAUACAGACAAGAAUAUUGACACUCUGCAGCAGCUCAUAUUUCAGAUGAUAGAAAAUGAGAAACUUAUAAAAGGUUCAAUUGCUUCUAGUAUCUCAAGUGUAUUUGAACGUGAUCCUUCUAAAAGUAAAGAGGCAGAAGAUCUGAUUGAAUAUAUUGAACGGUUCAAUGAACUGUUUUCCCGUGGUCAGUAUGAGGCUGCAGCAACAUAUGCAGCAAACUGUCCUAGAGGAAUCCUACGCAAUGAAGAAACCAUGGAGAAAUUUAGGGCUGUUGGUCAUGUUAAAGGGAAGAUCCUCCCUCUGCUUUUGUAUUGUGAUGCACUCAUAACUACAACCAUUGCUGUUAAGAAGCAUCUUCCUGCAAAUUUGACAACUGAAGCCAUCAAAUGUGCCUUAGCUGAGAAACGGUUGGACUUGGUGAUGCAUUGGGUCACUUUGCACAAAUUGGAAUUCUCUGAGGCUGCUGGUGAUGCAAUCUAUAAGUAUGCAGAUGUGGAUAUACACAACAUGUCCCAGUGUCUAGCUUUGGCUCAAAUUGCAUACAGUGAGUGUGGGGCGCACAAAAAAGCUGUUCUGUGCUUGUGCAGACAGGGCCAGAUUUAUGGAGCCAUGGAUUAUCUACAUCAUUUCCAACUUCUUUCCACAGAGGAUUAUGUCUUUCUACUGAAGCAUUGUCCUCGUAUAGAUUUCAUCCGUUGCCUUACUCAAGAAUGGAAUGGGAAACAACCAAUCAUGUCCCUUGGGGAAACCAUCCUUUCUCUUAUUGGAACAGAACAUCAAAUACAUGGCAUACGCUUGUUGGAGGAUAUUACCAAAAAGGGCAAGGAUACAUUGGAGCAAAUGAUUGUGAACGAUACCUGCAAUAUAGAAGGAUGGAAGGAGAUAGCUGAAAUAUGCCUCAGUGUCAAAAAAGAAAAUUUAUACAAACUUAUCAUCUCUGUCCUUGCUAGCCUAGAAGGAGUGUUUGAAAUUCCAGCAGAUGAUACAGAGGAUGCCAAAUUAAUGGAACAUGUGUUCUUGUAAUUUUUCCACAAAGCACGUGGAGGAGCUCUUUCUCCCAGGAGUUGUUUAUAUUGGCUGCACAAAUAACAAUACAUCUUCUUAAUGUUACUUCUGUUUUAAAAAUGCAAUAUACCAUGAACCUGAUUUGAUUGUGCUACAAUUGCUACUCCUGCUUGAUUAUUUGCUCUUAUUUUACUUUAAAAAUGAUGUCACUUUUUUAAGUAAUUUAGCUAUGUUUACACCAGAUUACUUGUGAUUUUUCUUCCCUUUUUAAGUAAUUUAUUUUCUCCUAUUUUUUUCUUCAUAGGGACAGGAAGUUGAACCAGUUGUUGGAGAAACAGUCUUUCAUCUCCCCAAAACUCACAUUUGUUUAAUUUUUAACAUAAUGUUGCUUUUAUGCUUAUACACUUAGUGGCAAAAUUAGAAAUUAUCUCCAGUGUACACAUGGAUAGGAUGCUCAUUACUUAACUACACAGUUAUUCUUUCAAUUCUAUGAACUGGACUGAAACUGGAAUAAUUCCUAGUUUCUCCCACAGAAUCAAUAGUUUUGUGGUCUAAUAGUUAUAUAACUUUUGUAGUCUUUCUAAGUGUGGUUGUUGGAUUAUGAAAGGUAUAGUCCCAAUGCACCCUGAAGGUACCAGGAGGUGUUUAGGCUACCUUAUUGAACAUAGAUUCAGCAUUGAUUUAUAUUUAUGCUAUAAAUAAGUUAUGUAGAAAAAACCAUCCUAUUAUGUAUCAUUUUGUUAUACUUCAGACUCUUCAGUACUAACAAAUAAAGCAAGUUACUAAAAUUGUAUCUCUAAAAUAAUUGCAUUUGAAGAUAGAUUUUCAUCCUUAUUAUAUAGUAUCUAUGUUCCUUCCUUUACAGCAAGCAAUUCAUUUCUUUCACCU